AUGUCGUCCACCGAUCCUGUAAUGACUUCUCCAAGUACCAUCAUUUCUUCCGACAAUAAAUUAGCUGUCUUUUCUCAAACUCAACCUGAGAAGCCUUUCCACUACACGUAAGUGUGUUCGAGAUUUUCUGUGUCUAGCUUUCGCUAGUAUGUGUUGUCAUAAUUUUUUUUCCUUUCGAAUCGUCCAGGUACCUGAAAGAGUUUCGGGUCGAGCAAUGUCCGCUAUUUCUACAACACAAGUGUACAGCUCACAGACCGUUCACCUGCUUUCACUGGCAUUUCAUGAAUCAGCGAAGGAGGAGACCGAAAAAGAAAAGGGAUGGCACUUUUAACUAUAGUCCUGAUGUCUACUGCACUCAGUACGAUGAAACAUCAGGGAUUUGCCCUUCGGGUGACGAGUAUGUACCAGGGAUUUUCUCUUGCUUUUACCUCGUUUAUUUGCAGAGUGAAAACGAAAUGGCCGCUUGUUUGUGAUGUGAUCGAUCAAUUUGUGACUUAAGUUCCUUUUCUCUUUCAGUUGUCCCUACUUACACCGUGUAGCUGGCGAUGUGGAACGUCGCUACCAUCUUCGAUACUACAAAACUGCAACCUGUGUUCACGAGACCGAUACUCGUGGAUAUUGUGUAAAAAAUGGCCCACAUUGUGCGUUUGCUCAUGGACCUCUUGAUCUAAGGCAACCUGUGUAUGAUAUACGAGAACUGCAAGCCAUAGAAAAGGAAGAAACUGAUGUUGGACAGGCAGGAAUCGAAAAUAAUAAAGCAGUUCUAGAAGAUCCCCGCUGGCAAGGUCUGUAAAGUACUGUACGUUGCUUAAAUGUACACAAGUGCUAUCUCUUUUACACUUUCUUUAUGGUUUGUUUAGCAGCCGUAAAAUAUACAGUUUAAGUCUUUUCUCGCGGGUAUCCAUUUUUUAAUGUGUUAAAUAAGUUUAACCUUUAAAGACCUAUGGUGCGACCCUGAAAUUUAGAUAGAGUUUAAUUGCAUAGUAGUUCACUAUAUUUUUUUUCCUGAUUUGUGACGAAAACAACAUUUAUAACAGCUUGCUGCUGGAAUCUCAUUUUUUGUCCGUAAAUUAUAAUAGCUGAUUCGCUUCCUACGCGAUAACAAACACUAAUGUGAUGGAAAUUUUCUCUGCUGUUUAACAAAGUUGUAGUUCUAACAGUGUUAUUCAUUAUUUAUGGAUUCUUCCAUUGUCUUUACGGUUUAAAUCUGAUCGCAGUUAAUCUUUAAUCUCCACAAAUUUUAUUUGACGUUGAGGAUUUCCCAUGUUAUACGCCGCCUAAUGCCAAGUAUAUGAGCUUGUUCUUCUUUCUUUGGUCUUGUAAAAAUAGCCCAACGAAAGGCUGUUUAUCAAACUACCGAGUGGAAUUGUUUUAGUGUAUGUAAUAUUUUGUUCAAAAAUUGUGUGUUGGUACAACGUUAUAUUGGUGUUUUUAAUGGCAUUAUUGGUGAAUUGCCUUGAAAAAUCUCCAGUCAUUCAGUUAAAACUAAACCACAAUAAUUUGCCAUUGCAUUUCAGAUACCAACUAUGUUUUAUCAAAUUAUAAGACAGAACCAUGCAAAAAACCACCCAGGCUAUGCCGACAGGGCUAUGCUUGUCCUCAUUAUCACAAUACUAGGGAUCGUCGGCGCAGUCCAAGAAAAUUUCGGUAUAGGUGAGUGUGCUGAGACAGAUCUUUAGGAGACUGAAAUUUUAUUCUCUAUCAAAAACUGCUCAGAUGACCGUUAUGACCAGGAAAUUGGAGAUUUCCUUUACAACUUGAGAGGCAUUAGGGCAUUGUUUUAUAAGUACCAGGGAAGCAAAAGGCCAUGUUUUUUUCAUGACAGCCACAUAAUUUCACUGCAACACAUGAGUACUGUGACAGUAGGGAACAGGAACGUGUUUUAUUGACAACAACCUUCUUCUCUAUUUACUCUUGUUUAAGCUUAGCACAAAAAUAAGAGUGGUUUGUCUUUAGAAUUUAUUGACAAAUGUGACAUAUGCGAGUGAGAUUCACUUGUGUGGGAAAAAUAAACUACAGCUAUCACCUUGACCCAUGUAUAACCUGUAUAAACUUUUUUCUCAUUGUUAGGUCCACUCCUUGUCCUCAUGUUAAACACGGUGAUGAAUGGGGAGAACCAACAAAUUGUGACAGUGGGGAUAAUUGCCCAUAUUGUCACACAAGAACAGAGCAACAAUUUCAUCCUGAGGUAGGCAAUGUCUCUUUACAACACCACAAACCUGUCCAUGUAACAUAUAUACAGUCAAUUGUCUCUAUAGUGGACAGCAUGGGGACCUCUAGCUAGUGUCCUCGUUAGCAAGAGUCCUUAAUAGCAGGAGUCUAUUUCAGUCGAGCUUCUGCAAACUAUUUAUGGCCCAGGAUUUAGCUGCUGUCCGUAUUAUUUGGGGUUUCUGUUAUAGUGGGGUGUCCGCAAUGCAAUGGUUGACUAUAUUUUUGCACUUUUUAAGAUUCCAAAAGAGCGACAGUCACUUUGAUUAAAGGCCAUAACUAGACAAUUACUCAGAGCUGUCAUUAAGAGGCAAAGGGCCAGGGAUUUAUCCUGGCUACUAUGAUUGUGGCCCUAAGCUGAAAUCUUAGUGACAACCCUGAUUACUGGUCAUACCAGACUUGAAUGGUAGUCAUCUACCCCAUGAAAACAACUAGUCUUUUGAUAAAUUCUCUUCAGGUAAUGGUCCUUUUUUUGGUUGGUUAGUUUGCGUUAAGAGCACUCGUUUUCUACCAUAAUAAUUUUAUCAAUUUGCCAUUGAGUAGAUUUGUACAAGACUACUGAAUUUUGGGGAAAAGAGACAUGUCAGGCACCACAAAAAAACAUGCUUCAUUUACUUCAUGUUCAUUAGCGUUCACUGGGCAGUGAAAAGAACAUUUCAACACUUCAGAACAAUGCAAACAUCCUUCCUGCAACCCUUUGGUGCUUAAAGUUCAUAUGAAAUUUGUUUAGCAUAUGGUGUGGACCACUUUCUCUGGGCAAUGUUUUGAAAUGGGCAUAAGUCCUUUAUACUUCUACUUCUACUUCUACUAUAUUACUUCGCAAAGCCUGUACAGCAUCACGCAAAGGAUCCAUAUAUCAAGGUUGACCACAACACCGGGGUCUACGACCCCUACUCUUUACGAACAGUGUGUGGGUUCUUUAACGUCCCACAGUAUUAAUAUAGGCAAGGAUUGUGAGACGGGGCCUACGGUUUUUCGUCCUUAUCCGAGAAGACUAGAAAGUCUAACCAUUUGCAGAUGUCAUUACAAAGGCAGCACUUUCUUCUCAGUUAUUGUUAAGACCCUGAGUGUUGGUCCGGCCGGGGCUUGAACCCGCGACCUCCCGCUCAACAGACCGGUGCUCUCCCAACUGAGCUAACCAGGCGGCGGUAUAGUAACAGUUUAUGUAAAGAAACAUGAUUGCUGUUAAGAGUAGCCUUGAAAGAGUUUUAAAGUAAUUUUGUCUCACUUUGUACUAUUAUUAACAGAUAUACAAGUCAACAAAAUGUAAUGAUAUGCAGCAGACAGGCUAUUGCCCCAGGGGACCUUUCUGUGCUUUUGCACAUGUAGAUCGUAAGUAUUUGUUGUUUUUACUGUACAAUCUCAAGCUGUCGUUACUGUAAAUGAUAAACGUUUGAACAAACUUGGUGAAAAAGGGAAUAUUGAGUGAUUGCUUUAACAGAGAUGUGUGUCGGCCCAGAUUUAUUACCAGUGCAAGGAAUGAAUUCUUUUAUUCUGCGGUAAACAACUUGAAGAAUCAGGCUGUUACUGUUUGCUAGAGUGGUCUAAAAGUAAACUUGAACUGAGAAAAGUAUUAGAUCUUCUCCUAUGCUUAUUUCUUGAGUUUGUAGGAAAAACAAACAAACAAAAUAUUUUUUUGUUUAAUUAAGUCUCUCACUCAAACAUCAAUAUGGUCUCUUAUAUGAUACAUGUAACUACAGUCUUUCACAGAAUAAAAUAGAGCAGCAAACCCCCAUCCCCCUAAAUCAUGGAUGAAGCUUUGCAAAAAGCCAAAAUGUGCCAUUUUUCUUUCCUUGAUUUGGGGGGAAGAGAAGGGGGAUAUAAAUUUCUCAUCUAUUUUGUCCAAGAUUGUAGUUCUGAAUUAGUGAAAAAGUAGUAUACAUACUGAGUUUGAACAUUUGUCACUCUGCAGAAGACACAACCACUUCCAGAGAAUCUAAUGGUGAACCAAGUUAUAGCCAGGUACAAGACUCUAACACCAAAAUAAGUAACUACAAACAAGUCAGUUCUUUGGAUUGAAAGUACAAAGCAUUAUGUUGUCAGGGGGGUAGGGGUAAGGCAUAAAAUUGGUUAAGCAGGUGUUAACUUUUAUACAGAUUCUGAUAGCAAGCCCCAUUAAUGGGCCAUUUAAGAUGAUGAGUGUAACCUGUCAGAGUAUUAUUUUUGUUUUUAAAAAGUUCCCUUUUCUCAUCACCUCAAAAUUAGCAAAAGGAACAGCUGUUUUAUCAAAUAUAAUCUAUUGAUCAGGUUACUUCCUUAAAGGAACUCUAGCUUGUUUGUCUGCAUCAUAGAGAGAUGUCCGUUUCAUGGAAAUAGGGAUGUUAUUCAUUUUUAUAUCUUUGAAGAGGAGUGUGUUGUAGGACAGGUACAAGUCUGUAAAUUGUACUUGUAAUAUCUCAGUUAAUAUCCACGGUAUUAUUUUGGUUAUAAUACUCAUGAAUGGUUUGUUGUUUAUAUUUUUCCCCAACAGCUUUAUUCAAUUCCCUCAUCACCCCUUAGUCCUGUUGAUAAUGGAGCCAUCAUGAUGACCAGCUUAGCGCAUGUAGUGAGCAGGCCUACUCGGUCCAUGUCAACAUCUUCAGGAGGGUCACACUCUAGUGAACCAUCUACUCCCUCUAGUUUGUAUCCGAAAGCUCCAGGGUCUGAACGGUCUGAGCGAAGUGGAAGCCGUGAAGAUGAACAGCAGGUUGUUAGACAAAAACACCUUCUUUUUGUGUUUUUGGGUGAAGUGCAUUAUGUUAAGUUGCCUUCUUUUUACAAAUGAAUGACAAUUCAGGAAAUUUUAUUUCAAGCUGCCUCAGCUUGGCAACAUUCUGUAGUUGACCAAUUUUGUGAGAAAAGAAGGCAUGUCACUUGAUAAAUUUAAGGAAGUUUCUAAUCAGUGAAGGGAAAAAUUCACUUACGGCCUGGUAAAAAAAAAUGUAGGCAAGGUCAGUGAAAAUUGUUUUGAAGUUAGGGAAAAGCCGAUAGAUUUUAUUUUACUUAAAUGAGUUACAACUGUGUCAUCGCUCAAAGUUUUUGUUUCAGUGGUUAUAUGGUGGUUAAGUUCAGUAUUGAAAAAUAAAGGUCCAGACUGUGUUAGCACAGAUGAGUGCUGAAAUUCUUUUUACUAUAAUUUUUUUCUAGGCAUAUAUAAGAAAACAGAUCUUGCAAAUUGAAAAUGAUCCAACUUUAGAUGAUAUUGAGAAAGCCCGAAGGAAGCAGGUAUUUAUGUCUUUUAGAUCAUGGUGUUAUAGUCAUGUAUUUUCCUAUUUAGACUGGUUAAUAAUCAUCUAUGUCAGAAGUGCAUUCUUCUAUUUCAAAUGCAAAAAUGACUACUUUCUCCUGCUAGCAGUGUUUAUAGCACAGUGCUGGAGUAGAACAUAUGACUAACUCAUAACUUCUAAGUACUUUGAUGGUCAAGACAGCUGGUUUUUAUAUGAGGCAGGAAGUUUUGAAGAUCAGCCAAAAUUUGAAAAGCAGUUGCCAUCUGGUUUUCUAUCCUUGAGUGUAAAAGAGUCAAUUGUGGAUUAAUUGGAUGUUUCUUUUUUAUUCCAGAACAUUAUUGGCACAAGACAAGUAUUUCCUACCGGUUCCUCAUCUUCUUUCUCUACCGUGUCUGCCAGUGCUCCUCCAUUCUACCCUGCUGCUGAUACAGUAGAGUCUGUAGUAGAGAGUGCGCUGGAUGACCUAAACCUAGAUGAUUUUGAUGUUAGCGAGCUGGAAAAAGAGCUUAACAAUGCAUCUCCGGUAUCUUCUACACUGGGAGAUUCCUUUUCAGCACUUAAUAUUACUCCAAUGUGUUCAGCUCCUGUUACUAUCCCAGGAGCAACUGAAGAGAUACCACCCGGAGCCUUCACACAGUCGCCCACCUCACCAUUAGGACAGUUUUCUUCUUCUUAUGGCUCUGCAUCACAGCUAGUCUCUGGGCAAAAGGUAAUGUGUAAAUAUAAAGUUCCUCUCUGUUUCUAAAAAUGAAUACAUGGCAUUUAAUCCUUUGCAAACUUGUUGUGGCUUUCUUUUAUUAGCACUCACUACAUUUAGGAGGGCACACUGCUCUUUAAACAGAGUAGAAACAGAGAUAUUUUUUUCUUAGAGAAAAGGAAGUUUCUGUUAUACUCAGAAAACUGUACUGAGACCUGUGAUUAGACACGAGGAUUUCUUGUGUCACUCUAGUUAAAUUUGACCUUUUUUGUACAGAAAGCAAAAUAUGAAAUGGAUAUGCAAUUGCACUGGUUGACUUGUUGAUUUUUAUUCUGAAGGGCUCUAAUCCUUACCGUGCAAGUCCAUUAGUGAGAGGAAGUAGCCUACAUUCUACUGUUUUGGACCCACUCACAGCUCAGCUUCAGUCACCCAAGUCUCUAGGUUCUCCCCAGAUGGCUUCCCCUUUGGGGCUCAGCAAUAGUGCAAAUGAAAUUCAGCGACUAAGUGAAGAUCUUAUGGCUGCCAAGAACAAGCUGGCUUCCUGGGAGGAGUCCUGGGCUCAAGCCAAACAAGCCUGUGAUGCUUGGAAAAAGGAGGCAGAAGAAUCAGCCAAGAAAGCUAAAGAAGCUGAACAAAAUAAAUUAGAAGCUAUUAUGAAAAUGGAAGAGGUAAUAUUCGUUGUUUAAGUACUGUAAAUCCUCUAUUAAGCCCCUCAGGAGGCUUAUUUAUUUCAAGCCCAUUUGACAGGGAGCUUACUAAGAUUUCAAGUUGCCGGGUAAAUACAACAAGUAGGCGGGGAGUCAAAUGGCUGGGGAUUUCUUUUGGUUCUAUUUUUGUUCUAUUUUCCAAUAAAAGUAGCCGGGUGCCACUCUCUUAGUAGCCGGGGAAAAUCCCCGGCUCUUAAUGACAACCCUGCUUUUUUGGUGGGGAAAGGGGGUGCACUUUUAUAAAAUUUCUGUUUGUGAACUUAAUGACAUCCAUGGUCACCUUUAUACAGCAAUAUUUUUCAUGUGGCAGAAAUUCUCCAACCCACUGUUUGUUUUAUGGUAUGUUUUGUAAUGAUGUUUUAGUGGAGGACUUAAUCUGUUGUUUUUUAUGAAGGUGAUAUGAACUGCGGAAAUACAAAUUUAAAUGAAGAUAUGAUUGUUGCAGUGAUAAUUGCAAUUUAAGCUAAUGCAAAGUAACCCGAAAGAAAUCUUGAAAUUUCAACGGCAUUCGAACCCACGGCAUCUGCGUUAGUCCAUUAGUGAGAGAGCCCGUCAGUGAUAGUUGCAAUUAUCACUGAGAUGAUCAUAUCGUCAUUUAAAUGAAGAUAUUUUUAUUGUCUGUAGGCGGAAUCUCAACUGAGCAGGUUAAAGCAGGAAAUAGAAGAAAUAAAAGCUGACCCUCAUCUACGCACACUCAACUCCGUUGAAGAUAUCAGAGAUUUACCUCUCUUAAAAAUGAGACAGAUUCAUCGGCAACUUAGUUCAGAUUUAGAAAAAUUAAAUCAGGUACAUAAAUUUUUAUCUGAUUAUGUCUAGUUAAAAUUUAUUCUCUGUGUAUCUGUUUGAUAGUUUUAUGCUUUUGGCUUAUGUGUGUUGUUUUAGCUGCUUAUGUGCAUUUUCCCUGUACUUUUUAACGUUCUUAUUGUUAAUAAAAUACCAUCGAAAAUGUCUUUAAUGUAACAGGUUUUAUGUCGAAGAAAGGAUAGUGUCUAAAAGUACACAUGAGUGUCACAAGAAAUAAUUUAAGAUAUUUUCCCGAUGUCAUAAUGACAAAGUUAUUUCCGGAGAAUAAAAAAGUAUAAAAAGAUUUUAUUUAUUUAUUUAGGUACUUAAACAGGAGCAUCUGGGUGAGCUUAAAAUAAAGCUUAUUUAUAAAUUUAACAGCCUUUGUAAAAAAAAGAUAGAUUAAAGAAAAAUUAUAAAAACAGCACACCAUGAAAAUACAUAGAGACAGACAAGAAUUAACAAGACCAAGCACACUGUAGCUUGAAUUGUGAUUUCUAUUUUUCUGUUUCCUUUUUAGGUUAUGUACAGUAGAAUAGCCCUAGUUUGCAGUCUUUGUGAAGAACAUCAGAGAUGCAUCAUGACAGCUCCAUGCUUACAUUGUACCAUGUGUGAGACAUGUGCUUCACAGAGAGUUGAAUGCCCAACAUGUCAUGUUCAAAUUGCACAAAAAACCUUGAUAAAGAUACCUAUUUGAGGUCAUAAUAUAUUACAGUUAGGCAAUGUUUAGCCUGUUUUGAAUUCUCUUUUAGGACUUGAUAUGAUGUUUAAGAAUCUAUGAAUUUAGCUUUUAAGGUAUAAUUAUUAAUGCAUAUAUUAUUCAAAGAAUAUUUCUUAGGGAUUAUGAAUGCUUGUUUCAUCUUCAAAAUUAUUAAUAUUAUUAAUAUUAUUUCCCUUUCCCAGUAAUGAAUUUAUUGCAAAGUUGGAGGUUGAAACGUUUUGUGCUGGGUGUACAUUACUUAGUGUAUUUAUAUCAGCACUUCUUAUUGUAAGGAGAAAACAUCCAAAGAUAUGUUGUCUAUUGCAAUGACAAGCUGACUCAAGGAAAUUAAAACAGCUGUCAGCACACGACUUAUUGCCAGUUGUCAUGAAUAUUUUUUAAACUUUAGUUACUCUGGACACAAAUAGACUUUUUCACGGUUUUUUCAACUUUUUAUAUGGACUGUAGGGAAAAUCUGUCCAAACCACUGCAAAGAGUGGCUUAAAAUAAUUAGUAAAAUUGCCAAAUUGCAA